CAAGAAAGGUACAAAAUAUAUUCAUGAUGUUCUCUUUAUACCUUCCUUGAGUCAAAAUCUGUUAAGUGUUGCACAGAUGCUUAGGAAAGGUUAUUCAGUUUCAUUUGCCAACAGUGCAUGUUAUAUCUAUGAUUCUUGUGGUGUCGAACUUGCUAGAAUCAAGAUGGUAGAGAAUAGUUUUCCUAUUACGUGGAAUUCUCCUUGCUUGCAUGCUGUUUAUGUAUCAAAAUCUGAUGAAAUUUCUUUAUGGCACAAGAGAUAUGGUCACUUCAAUUUGAAGUCUCUUAAGUUCCUUCAAACCAAUGAACUUGUUAGAGACUUACCAGAAAUUCAUGUGCAUGAUGAUGUAUGUUCAAGCUGUCAAUUUGGGAAGCUGCAUGGACAAGUUUUUCCGAUCAACAAUUCAUGGAGAGCAAGCCAUAAACUUGAGCUAGUUCAUACAGAUGUUUGUGGUCCAAUGAAGGUUGCUUCGCUUGGUCAGAAUCUCUAUUUCAUUCUUUUUAUUGAUGAUUACACUAGAAUGACGUGGGUGUAUUUUAUGAGCAGCAAGGCACAAGUUUUCUCUGUGUUUAAAAAGUUCAAGGUACUUGUUGAGAACCAAAGUGGCUACAAAAUCAAAACCUUGAGAUCUGAUAAUGGAAAAGAAUACACUUCAAAGGAGUUUGACAGCUUUUGUGAAGAUGCAGGGAUAGCACAUCAAUUAACUGUCCCUUAUACUCCUCAACAAAAUGGAGUUUCUGAGAGGAAGAACAGAACAAUUAUGGAGAUGGCUCGAUGUGUGUUGCAUGAAAAGAAGCUGCCUAAGAAUUUUUGGGCAGAGGUUGUUUAUACAGCUAUAUAUUUGUUGAAUGGUUUGCCUACUAAGGCUGUGCAAGGAAAGACACCUAUUGAGGCCUGGUUUGGUGUUAAGCCUUCUGCACAUCAUUUGAAAAUUUUUGGCUCUAUUUGCUAUACUCAUGUGCCUGAUGCAAAGAGAACCAAGCUUGAUGUUAAAGCUGAAAUUGGUAUUCUGGUGGGUUACUCUACAAAAUCAAAAGGCUACAGGGAAUACGACUUGCAAUCUGGAAAAAUUUCAGUUCACAGGGAUGUACAAGUUGAUGAAGAUUCUCAUUGGGAUUGGGACAAGAGAGUUGUUGUGAAAAAUGGUGAUAUAGCAUUUGUCAAGGAUGAUGUAGAAGCUUCCAAAGAGGAAAUUUUAGCUUCUAAUGUAGCUGAUGUUGAUGCUCACCAUGAUUCCCCUGUUAUGAAAACUAAAUCCUUGUCUGAAAUUUAUGAAAGAUGCAACCUAGCUGUUUUAGAACCCAACACGUAUGCAGAAGCUUCCAAGCAUGACAUAUGGAGGCAUGCAAUGCAGGAGGAGAUGCAGAUGAUUACAAAAAAUGAAACUUGGGAAUUAACUUCCCUACCACCGGAAAAGAAUGCAAUUGGAGUCAAAUGGGUGUUUAGAACCAAGAUGAAUCCUGAUGGCUCCAUUCAUAAGCACAAAGCUAGAUUGUUCAUUUACUGCCCAACCAACCGGUGUCAGGCCGAUGCAAGUGACGAUGAUGAUGUUAAUACGGGAAUAAUCUUCCUGGGAAUUCGAUUAUACAUGCUGGAGCCAAGCAAUAGGAUGAGCAGCGAGCACUCGACAGCAUUGGUGCUGCUCAGUACAAGGAACCUUGGUGGAUACAAGUCAGUAAAGGAGAAGCUGGAACCUGAUGCCCAGGGCCCUGAGACAGGCAGUUGCAAGAUUCAUCCACAAAACACUGAGCAAUUCGAGCGUGACCGUCUCAAAUUUGAUGGACCAGCGGAAGCCAUGACAUUGGCUAAUCAUCCAGUUAAAGGCUUGUACUUUAUGGUAGCUGGUGUACCUCGGGAUUGCAGACUCUUACCAUAACUAUUGUAAGUUAUGUGGGAAAGCUGAGAGUUGCUGUGGGAACGGAAAAAGGCUUCAUAGAUGGGCAGAAGUUCAAGGCAUCCGUAGAGAAGGCCUUUGAUAUGAUAUUCAGGGCUGCACUUGAAAUUGAUUAUCCUUUGAAACAUAAAAGAGUCAAUCUAGAAUCGCAAUACUUGCCUCUCAACCAUUUUUCCAUUGUUCAUCAGUUGGUUCUAUACCAGAUGCAAGUUUUUCUAAGUGGUGCAAAUAUAUUUGAUCUGUAUGAAUAAGUUAAUUUAUGAGUGGAUUGGUUAGCUUUGAAGUUUAAUUUCUGAAAUUCCAUUAUUUGUGGAUCCUUCUUCCUGGAUUUAUGUUAGAUUAUCAAUUCUUAAAUCUCUGCAUUUCAUAAAUAAAUGAUACUGUAGUUCCUUGAAGUGGAAAUGUAAUAGUAAAUUUGAAUUUGCUUU